AUGCCAAAGCUUGGCUUCUGGGGCAGCUGCCGCAUUCCAAGACCGGCCUUCAACAUUUUUUUGGUUCCGAGCAAGAGCCUAAUCACCCUCCCCUUUCCGUUUGCCCCUUGUCUUCUGCGGGAGGAAAGUGAUAGCAGCGUUGGCGGCAGGAGCAGACGGACAUUGCCUCCACUGCAGCACAGCAGCAGACACAUGCACAGAGGCGGCUGCGUGGAGCCUUCGGCUCCAACCUCUGUUGAGGAAAGUCGGAGUUUAACUCUUGACGGAGAGUUCUUGACCGAUGAGGCCUCAGCUGUAAGCGCCCGAAGGGGUACUCAGCGAACCAUCGGCCCCACUGGUGGGGGAGCUCUAAAGCGGCUAAGGGGCCUCAGUGAGGAAGAUUCUGUUUCUGUUGAAGAUAAAACUUCUCCAAAGACGCCGGGUACAUUGGCCAGUGGUGAGAAGGAGAGGUGGAGGCUCUUGGAGCAGUUAUCUCAAGUCAUUCCGACGGCUGGGUCUCUACUCCCAGAAGCGGGCCCAUCGUCAAAUCAAUGCGUGGACAUCUCGAAAUCGGGAGAAAGCGAGACUCUAGACUGGGAAGCGUGCAACCGUGCCUUGGACAGGCUCGUGAGGGCCAGCAAACCCCAAAGCAACGUGGACGUCGAUUGGGACACAGGCCCUUCAAGUAUCACUAGGGAUCUGGGUUUGUUCGAUGUGCCACAAGGAGCAAGUUCUGACGUUCAUGAUUCCCCUGGUACCUACACCCAAGAGCACAAUGACCACUUGGCUGCGUUGGUUGGAGCGCCAUCGGACGGCUCAUCUGUGUUCGUUGCGAAGGGUGGACAGGGCGUGAAGCGGAGCAACAGCAACGCGGCAGACCCUAUGAAAGAGAGACAGAGACGAGAGCUGCAGCAGCGAAGGACCCUUGAUUUGGCUUCGCAGAUAGUGUCGAGGUUUAGAGGAGCCCGUCGCCCUGGAGUGUUGCAAUUAGUGCAUCGAUUUUUCUCUUGUAGCAGCCGUCAGGUACGGGAUCCCCAGGAGCUCGAGAAGCUUGUGGGAGCCUGCUGCUACAUCAUUGCAAGGCAGCAAGGAGAUGACAUGACAUUAAAUGACGUGACUGCACAGCUGGAGAGGCGGCAGGGUACGAAGGGGAAACAGCGCUGCCGCUGCAUUAGCCGCUGGGUGGUAAAGGUGUGUGGCAAGUUGCAGCUCAGAUGUCUUCCCAGACACGGUGAUGUUGAAGUAUUGGCGUCGAAUGCUUUGCGACGAAUUUGCGGUCAUCUCAAGAUGCUGCUGACACAGCAGGAGCAACAGGAGCUACUUUUGCUUCAGAGUCUGAAGGAAGCGUACCGACAGUGUUUGCAGCAGGAUGCUACGGAAACCCACGAUGGCAAAAGCAACCAGCAGCAGCAGAAAGAUACGGCUCUUGCGGAGCUAGACGAUGAGGACUUACUUGGACUGCUUUUGUUGCAGCAGCAAGAGGAAGCCGCUGCAAAUGCUCCCGCCAUAGAGGUCGGGUCGGGCUCUACUGGAGAGGAUGGUCUCCCUGAUCUUUGCAAUUUCCUGGAGCAGUUUGACCGGGAUUGCAGUGCAAAAAAAGUGCAAAUAGAAGAUGAAGCUUGGAAUCAGCCAACAGCGGCAGUAGACAGAGAAGUAUCUCUUGGUGCUGAUGGUUCAAUGCAACUGGCAGUUCCUACAGGGCGCAGAGAGGGCAAUACGGAUUCUUGUUCCUCUAAGUGGGAUACUGUCGGUCCUUCCGAUGUCCAACUUUUGGGGCAACAAGCAUCCGAUCCCGCUAUUCUUGAUGCACAGAUACAGCAGCACGAGUGCGUGUUACGGUUGUUGCGACUGCUGCCGAGUGCUCAACGCAUUAAGCUAGAUCAUUCGAUUUGGCUUCAGAAACAAAGGAAGGCGGCGCUGCAGCAGCUGCGUGAGCAAUCUGCUAUCGUAAUAAAGUGUGUAGGGCUGUUGCAGCAGCUAACAAAUGUGGCAUUCGCAGCUGCAGCCAAGAGAGGAUGCCUCCCCGCCCCCUCAGUAGCCUCUGAAGAAUGCGGAAAGGAGACUGAGGCAUCGGAAGGCCUUCACGCAGAGGCUCAACACAUAGAUGCGCAGCUAGGGAUGCGUGUUGAGGGAGAAGAUCCACUUGAUGAACACUGGCGAGCUUGCGGAAGAUGCGACGCGAUUUCCACAGCGGCUCACUUUGUGAUCGUUUUCGAGUGCCUCCAGGUUCCCGUGUUCCAACGAGUGGUUUUGGAGGCACUUGAAGUGGAUCGUCGCAGCGUCUACAAAAGACGUCGCGAGCAGCUUCAUGUUGUGCUAAGCAUCUUCAGGAAGCUUCCUGGUGCAGAGGACGCAACGGUCAAGAGAUUGGGCGCCCUUCUGCUAAAUGCUAUCAACAACCCAGAGACGACCAAGAAGCUGUUGCAUAUAGCGGAAACUGUGCCGUUGCGGGCGCCUGCUCGCGAGGGUCUCGAUGCCCUGUCGGAGGAAAGGUCCAGCGCCAGUGGCCAGACUAGUGGUCCACAUAGCAGCCAGACGCAGUCUCGCUGCAGCACGGAAGAUGUCAACUCGAGAAGCAGCGGAAACAACCGAGGCCACAGUCCUGUACGGACUGCGCUUCCUGCGGCUUCAGCGAGGCCUACGGCUGCGCCUGGGGGUACCUUGACUCCGAAGGAUCUGUGUGCCGCCGAAACAAUUAGCAGUGCUGCUGCCGCUGCUGCUUUAAAGGAAUUGGAAGAGGGUGAUCCUGUACUAGCGGAGACUCCGAUGGCCCGUGUGGUGUCUCUGCAAUACGAAAGGACACAACAACGAUGGGUCUGCAAGUGGAGGGAGGGGCUAGGCACGGGAGGCCGUUGGCACAGGCGUUGCUUCUCUGUUGUAAAGUAUGGAGAGGAUGGUGCUCAUACGCUAGCUGCCGCCGUGGCGAAAAAGCUAAGGGACAGGCGGAGCCAGGAAGCUAGCGGGAUGAAGUUUAGUAGCACCACGAGUUCGGAUAUAUCACCGGUCGUGGUAGAUUUUAAUUCAAGUGGUGGGGUUUCAAAAAGGGGUACGAGAGGGGCCACAGCAAGUGAGCCGGCUGCUCACAACUCACAUACAGCUGGCGUCACAUCUAGGAUUCGUAACAGGCGUACUGCAGCAGGUUCAUUCACAGCUGCCACAGCUGCUUCUUUCGAAGAGGCAGCGAUCCGUCAAGACGCAAAUUCUUACUCUUUGUCUCAUCUUGGGGAAAGCAACCGUGACUCUCUCAUUGCAAACAUGCCGACAGACCCGAACCUGUCUUCUGUUGUGGCUUCUGCCGCUUACAGCGAUGAAAUGGAGCGCCUCGCGCAGCUCCUGCAGAAAGCUAGAAAUAACCCAUUGCUUGCGAAAUGGUUGGAUGAGAGGGCCCCGCCGCCUGGAGCAGCUGCAUUGCGGGCUGCAGCAGAAUCUAUUGUUCCCUUUCUUGCGCUCCAGACCGAAGCAGACAAGGUAUCAGCAGCAGUCCCUGUUCCUUUCGGACAGAAGCAAUCUCUCCCGAGGAGGGGGAGAGUGGCGGGAGCAAGAGAAGGCAUGUGA